AUGAAGAAGUAUCUAGCGGAGGUCCAUGCGAUGUUGAAGGGAUUUGUGACUUGGGAGUUGAUACAGAUACCACGGGGGGAAAACGGUAGGGCCGACCUACUUUUGAAAAUCGCAGCUUCACUUGUUGAUUGCCGAUCUCGCUCAGUCACGCUGAUGGAUAUGACUAGAAGCUCCUUAGACCAGAUGCUGGAGAUUGAGGAGCAAAAGGAUUGGAGGUCGCCUCUAAUACAAUGGUUGCAAGAGCCUGUCGCGGGAAAGGAUAUCAGGGAUGACCCGGUCGGACGACGAGCGUUGAGGUUCUACUUGCAGAAUGGGAUCCUAUACAAACGGUCAUAUAUGGGGCCUCAUCUCAGGUGCGUCUCCGAACAAGAUGGGGAGUACGUGCUUAAGGAGGUGCACGAAGGGUGCUGCGGCGAUGACAUAAAGGCUAGGAUAUUGGUUGGGAAGGUAUUGCGGGCUGGAUAUUUUUGGCCUACGAUGAAGACGAUGGCGCAGGAUCUUGUGCGAAAAUCUAAGAAGUGUCAGCAGCAUGGUCCAUUGAUCCAUCGGUCGGCGGAUAGCAUGGUUCCAAUCAGCUCGGCCUUGCCUUUUACUCAAUGGGGAAUUGACAUAGUUGGACCUUUACCCCAGGCGACGGGCCAACGAAAGUUCUUGAUUAUGGCAGUCGAUUACUUCUCCAAGUGGAUUGAGGCCGAGCCAUUAGCGACGAUCACAGAAGAGAGGGGGUCGGCGUACGAUGAGUUGGUGCGAGGAGAUGGGUUGGAAGGAGCUUUAGGAGCUUGGGUGGACGAACUUGAUUCGGUGCUUUGGUCAUAUCGGACAACGCCGAGGACCUCGACGGGAGAGACUCAAUUUAGUUUGGUUUAUGGUAUGGAGGCCGUCAUCCUGGUUGAGGUCGGCCUCAACUCAGAACGGGUUAGCACCUACACGGAAGAAGGAAAUGUCGAGCUCCGGAUGGAGGCACUGGACUUGGUGGACAAGUUGCGGGACCAAGCUAGGUUGAGGACAACAGUUUAUAAGCAGCGGAUGAAGGCUGCCCAUGACAAGUUAAUUCGAGCUCGGUGUUUCCAAGUCGGGGACUUGGUUUGGCGUCAGGCGGAUGCUUUGAAACAUGUGGGGAAGCUGGAGCCCAAUUGGAAGGGACCCUAUACUGUUGACAGGGUAUUCGCUAGGGGUGCCUACGAGCUUCGUGAUGCGGCAGGCCGGCUGCUGCCGCGACCCUGGAACAUAUCCCAUUUGAAGAAAUAUUAUGCCUAG